AUGUAUCUUUCGAAUUCCGCGUUGAAAUUCGUCUUCUUCACGCGGAAUCGAAAGUCCAGAUUGCAGAACGACAGGGAAGAAGAGCUGCCCCUGAUGAAUGGGAAUAUGUUAAGCUAUUCAAUUGAAGGAUUCAUGGCUGCUGCUGCUGCUGAUUUUACUCGCAUACCUGAUCUUGAUGUCUUGAAGGACAACUUCACUAUGAAGCUUCGUGUUAUCAGAUUAUGGACACUGGAAUGUUACUAUAAGAAAGACGAAAUUUUCUCCAUUCAAGGUAACAAGAUCCAAGGUUAUGUCCCCAAUGCUUACAUUUACAAGUUUAGAAAAGUUCUAAAAGAAGUGGAAACUUUUUUCAUCAAAAAUCCAAAUUUAGCAAAGAUUGAUGAAAGUAAAUUUCAACAAACUGAUCAAAUGCAAAAGCUCACCUUCAAUCGUGAGACUACUAUCACUCCGUGUCUCGAUUUUUCAUGA